UAGCGACUGGAUCUGCAAGUUCUGUCUUCCAACUGGUGCUAACAUUUCUUUAAGUUGAAUAACUUUUGAAAGGGAUAACAUAGAAGUUAUAGCAGGUUCGAACAGGAUGUGAAGUAGAACAAGGUGCAUAGAUAUAGAUACCAAUAUUAGAUUAGAUUCAACUUUAUUGUCAUUGCACAGAGUACAAGUACUAGGACAACGAAAUGCAGUAGGUCUCUGCAUUUGACCCAUCCUAGUGUUAGGAUCAGUGGGCUGCCAUUAUGUACGGCGCCCGGGGAGCAGUGUAGGUAACCAGUGUCUUGCUCAGGGACACCACGGUGGCACUUGGUCUUUCGGGGACUUGAACUGGUGACCUUCCAGUUCCCAGGCCAAGCCCCUAUGGACUUUGCCACCACCGCCCUACCAAUACAGGAUGAUCUUCAGAAGAGGUCUGUGUGCAGCUGCCUCUCCACUGCAACACAGACAUCUGCAAACAUCCGUCAGCAUCUGCCCGCCAGGAUGAAGAAGAAGCUGAUCCUUGAUGUGGACACCGGGGUGGACGAUGCUCAGGCCAUCCUGGUGGCCCUGGCCGACCCCAAUGUGGAGAUUUUGGGGAUCACCUGCUGCCAUGGAAACACCCCCCUGGAUAACGUCCUCAAAAACACGCUGCGUGUCCUGCAGGCAGCAAACAGGCUGGAUAUCCCAGUGCAUGCCGGCUGUGAUAAACCCCUGCUGGCUCGUAAACAACACGCUGGAGAUUACCACGGGAAGGACGGGCUGGGGGAUGUCCCGGAUCCCAACGCUCCCGGUCUGGAGCUGCUGCACAAGAGGAAUGGAGUGAAAGCCUUGAUAAUGAUUAACCAAAACCCUGGAGAGGUGACACUGGUUGCCACGGCGCCGCUCACUAACCUGGCCGUCGCCGUGCAGCUGAACCCCAAGAUCAGUAAGAAACUGAAGGCGCUCUACAUCAUGGGAGGAAACACUGAAUCCAGGGGCAACACUACAACAUGUGGAGAGUUUAACUUCGUGGCAGACCCGGAGGCUGCCUACAUCGUGUUGGAACGCUACACCUGCCCCACCUACAUCGCCACCUGGGAAUUCACCUGCAGGAACAGCCUGCCCUGGUCUUGGUGCGACAAGCUGCUGGCCCAAAACACCCCCAAAGCCAACUUUGUGAAGGCUAUCUCGCUCCUUUCCAACAAAAAAGCCCAGUCUGCAGAUUACCAAAAUGAGAUCACAGAAGGAAAAGGCUUCAACUCUUGCGACACCUACGCGCUGGCCGCCGCCAUCAAUGACAAGCUCAUAACAGAGAGUCAAGAGGUUGCAGUGACAGUGGAGCUGGAAGGGACCUACACCCGAGGCAUGAUGGUGCUGGACUAUAUGGACCUGCUGAAAAAGAAACACAAGGCGGUCAUCAUGAAGACAGUCGACAAGGAGAAGCUCAAGCAGAUGUUCAUGAACUCAGUGAAGUAGAAGUGAAUUGGGUGCAAAAUAAUGAAUAAAGAUGACUUUUACAAGA